AUGGCGCCUUCCACCCUCAAAGCUUUUGUGGCCGUAGCGGGCCUCAACGCAGCAACUGGGAAGUUAAUUAUGCUCAUCAUCCUAGGUUAAUAAUCCCUUCAAUCAAUAUGUUUAUUUGAUGAUGAGUUAUAGAUUGAUAGUCACGCUUCGGCUUCUUUCUCGUCCUCACCAUUCAGGACCGUUUCAGGAACUGUCUCGUCUUGCUGAUACAGUAGAAAAUGACUAUCGAAGACGCAAUGAUGGGUUACGGGAUUAAGCAGUUUGAAGGGUCGGUAAUGUAGUAAGUGAACUAAAUGAAGGACUGGCGGGUUUUAUUGCUUUUCCUUUUUCUUCUGACUGUUGGUUCCACUUUUGAGGGCUCCCUCAUAUUGAAUGAUAAAUACUUCGUUCCUUAUUUCUGAUGCUUCUUCUAAAGAUCCACUUCGUCACAAACAGCAUGUUACUGAGGUAAAGUGCAAGGAAUUCUUGCCAGGCUUUUUCUCAGGUUCUGGGAAGACUAUUCAUCUUUUAUGGCCUGUUUCUCAAAUUCAAUUCAUGUUUAUUCAUCUUACCUUUCGAAAAUUACUAGUACCUCUUCGAAAAAGUAUGAUCAUGAUAUCAAUCAGUCAGUCAGAAUCAGUCAAUCUGUCAGUCAGUGAAUCAGUCAAUCAAUCAAUCAAUCAAUCAAUCAGUCAAUCAAUUAAUCCGUCAGUCAGUCACUCAGUCAGUCAGUCAGUGAGUCAGUCAGUCAGUCAGUCAGUGAGUGAGUCAAUCAAUGUCGCGCAAGGUCGUAACCUCUUCGAACUUGAGACGAGAUUUGCAAAGGCAAGGAGAACGUCAAAGAAUCGGGGGUGAUUGAGAAUUAUGGAUGGCCAACAAUGUGAAAAAUGGACUUCAUUUGUCAUAUUGUAGUUUCGCAUGUUCUUAGACGAUACCUCUUUAGCAAAGACACCCUAUCCUAUCCUAUCCUAUCCUAUCCUAUCCUAUCCUAUCCUAUCCUAUCCUAUCCUAUCCUACUUUAUUCCACCCUCAUUGCACCCUGUAACCUCUAUCAUAGUCUUCACUCUCAAUACAUUUAGUGUGUAACAGGACUUCACUUUCCUCUCUACAGCUAUUGACUAUAGCUACGUUCAAGAAAAAGUGUUGAUGAUCCUAUUUUUUUUGUCCGAACCUAAACAGUAGACUCUUUCUCGUACUUCCUGGCUCUUAUCUCAAGCUUCCCAGUGUUUUGUUCGCAAUUAGUUACUUAGAUCCUGGCUCUUUCGACGUCUAUAUAUGUUCCAGGGCGCGGGGCGACGCCCCCCCCCUUUUUGAGGCCUCUGCCGGGGGGGAAGGCCUCAAAAGGCCCCCCCCACCCCCCCCUGUCCCCUUCCAGGUGCUUGGGGUCCCCUAGAGGCCUCGGACGUAGGUGGAAGGCCUCAAGAGGGCCUCAAGGGGGGCCGCUUCCGCUUCCUCCCAGCUGCUUGGCUGUCCCGCAGAGGCCACCGACGUAGGUGGAAGGCCUCAAGGGGGGCCAAGGGGCUCGCUGCCUCCUUCUCGUUUGCAUGUACCCUACAGACUUGAGGGGUUAGAUGGCAGCGGAAGGCCUCCGAAGACGGCAAAAAGCGAAGGGCUGGACCCCCUGAGCCGUGCCGCUUGAACCCUCCGGGCCCUUGGUCAUCGGCUUGCCUGCGACCGUGGCCCUUAGGAACACGCUGAGAGGCCCAAGGGGAGGAAGGCGCCAAGUUUUGAGGCCUUCCACCACGAGAAUCCGCGAAAAAUCCGCGCGGAAAAGCGCGCGCGCGCCACCACAAACCAGACCACAGGGGGGGGGGCGUUCGGCCCUGCGUCCUAUAUACAUUUACUUAGAUCAUGGCCUGGAUAGAAGGCCAGGGUGGCUUAUACUUUCGUCAUUAUAACUGCUUCUACCUCGAAGAUCGUCCCCUCUCUUCUAAGAAGAGCAGCCUAUUCCCGGUAUGACUGAGAACGAGAAGGAGAAGCUCGUGUGGAAGAUGCGCGCGGCCAGAAACAAGGCACACAAGACCGAAGAGGAGGUGAAACUCCGUGCGGAGUUAAGAAACUUAGUGUACUAUAACUAGAAGUUUCUUAAGUAAAAAGAGUUCGAAAACUUCGGGUCGAACUCUCAGAAGUUAAGAAACCUUCUUAAGCCUAGAGCUGCUAUCCGUCCUCCUAGGAGGUACCGACCCUCAACAUAUCGACCCUCAUAUAGUUGUAUCCGCCGAUUGUACCCUUUCUGGUUAGCUUAACUAAAUUAACUCACUUCGCGGCCCAGGGGAGGCUUAGUGCUAGCGUCUAAAGUUAAACAUUCCAUGGUUGCUAGCGUCCAGACAGUAGUACAAAGAAAGUGUUGGCCUGAGUGGAGCAAAUGAGUGAAAAUAUCAAUAUCUUCUACUAGUACUAUUCUCUACAAUCAUGAUAACCUACUAUGAUGAUGAUCUACCAUCCGUUUGGAACCCAACCUAACCUAACCUAGCCUCGAUUUUUAUUAUGCGGACAUGAAGGAGGCUGAGGAAUGAAGUGGAAUUCUGAAAAAAGAGAGUGAGACGAUUUUUCUUCUCCUUAAUAUGUGUGCAAUCGGUUCGAUUCUUUUUAUACUCACAUAGUUAGCACUCUCUCGAUCUUUCAUGCUUGGCCAUAGAGGCUGUGCUGGACGAGGUGCGAGAGCUCGCAGGACCAGUCUGUUGCAAGGCGUCGCCGGUAGAUUUUAUGGAGGAAAAACAAGAAUUUAUCAUGAAGACAUUUCUUUCUAUAAUUAAAAUAGUUCAAUAGUUCAAAAUAGUUCAAAACUUCGUACAGCGAGUACAUGGAUGAACGUAGUGCCGAGUCUAUCAUGCUCUUCGUAUCUGAUACAUUUAACUGAGAAAGAUAAGGUCCUACGUACUACUGGUCACUUUAGCUUCCUAGAGAUGAUCAGAAGUUGUACAAGGAGCAUCAUCUUCUACUGCUAAUACUAUCACUACUCCUGCUACUACUACUACACUGACAUAUACAUAAAGUAGACGCUUCUGAAGUCAUCUGCAGUGUAGCCAACGUGCAGACCUUUUCUAAGAUAAAAAUCAAAAACCAAACCAUGGAGUGAGUGUUCAAAAAUACUCUGCUUCUACUAUAUCAGUCGUACAGCACCGAAGUCUUCAGCCUGAAGAUCUUCAGUCGCGCAUGGGCGUGUGACAAAAGCUCUAAUCCAUGCUGCUAGAAGACGCAGUGUUGUGGUGCCUCCUGUGGACGUGAAGAUCUUCUUCUGUUUGUGCGUGGUGCCUUGGAAUGGUGUCUGCGGAAAGAAAAGAUGACUCUCAUAGUUACUAUAGGGUGACUCUCAUAGUAGAUAGCAAUCUAAAAGGUGACUCUACUAGAUAGGGCGGGAAGAUGCUACUUCUCAUUAUCACCUGUAGGAUUAGAAUGGUAGACUCACGCUCGUAAUUCUCGGCUCUCUUGUUCUCACGCUUACCAGUUAGUAAUAGUUGCUGACGCGGCUAUAUCAGCUGCUGAUCCAACUAGUUUUUGCGGGUCAUGAUCACUAUCAGAACUAGUCGCUGCGGAUGCUAUGAAGAGAAUUAGAUCAGAGACCCAUAGUACUUUGACACUAUAGUUGUUGAUGCAAGUUGUUGAUUCGACUGUUUCGGAACACCACUGUCGUGUAGAUGACUGGAAGAAUUUUAGGAAGGAAGAUCAGCUAAUAUACAUUUAUCAAUAUCUUAGAUGAAUGGAGGACCAUGCAUAAGGAUAAUACACAAGGUCAUAAUACACAUGAUAUUAUCACCAGUGUAUGUUCAUCUCACCAAUGAUAGAGGAUGAUCAUCUGAGCUGCGCUGAUGAUGGCUAUAGAGGACAUCUUCACGGAGGCAUCGAUCGUUGGCAAUGAUUUCUUCUCUUAGAAUCCUUUGUAGUCCAGAAAGACAGCAGAGUUCUUUGAUAAGAAUGACGUCUCUAGGAGGUGUAGAAGAAGUCUAUCUUGCUGUACAGAAAAAUUUAUACUGGAAUCGGAUUGUCAAGCAUUGGAUCAUUAUUAUUCUGCAUAGUGCAACGUAUUUUUCAUCAUGUCUAUCUUUCUACAACUAUAGCUUCUUCAAUAUUUACUUAAUCUUCAUAGGAAAUUCGGAUGUAAUUAUAAAGAAUCUAUCAUACCAACGAAUAAGUGAAAAUAGGUAGUACUAACACAAAAAUAAGUGAAAAUAAGUGCGAAAAUGUGAUAAGAAAUUGGUAAAUAUAGUACUGUUGUUAAUAAUACUAAUAUCUGAUCGAGACCAUGUAGUUGUGUUGUGCUUAGUAUAGGUACAACUAGAGGUACAACGAGCUCCACAGACGCCGUGAUACUGCUGAGCAGAACCAGAGGGUUACAAACACUGAACCACAGAAGAUAGUAAGGGUCGGAACGGCGGCAGCGAAAGAAAACGUGGAACCCUAUUAAGGGUGCUAGCUUAGUACUUCUAGAGGUUCUUUUUAUCUUCACAACUUCGAAGAAGAACGAAGACUAACUCAACUAACUACAUGAAACAAAUGAAACUCUUAAUAUUUCUUGGGAAAAAUUCUACUUCAGGAAAGUAGGCAUCACAAAAAAUAUUACACGUCGAGACGUUAAUCUUUUUAAUGUCUAAGGAUGCG